AUGCCUCACAUCAUCCUGUGUGAUGGCAUCUUUCUGCUUGAUGUUGAUGACAACAUCUGGCAAGAUGUCGGGCUUGAUGAUGACACUAUGGUGCUGCCAGCAUGGCUAUCAGAUGAUGCUGUCCGAAAUGGUAUCCACUUGCAACUUGAGGUUGAUUGGUGCAUGGAGAAGAAAGCUCGACUGAUGUGUGAGAGGGCUGUCAUUCAAGAAUGGAUGUUGGCAGAGUGGGGGGCCAUAAGAGGUGCCUCAAAUAAUGCAGACGCAGUCAUGUCUUUCCACCUUCAGUCUCGUGUGGAUGAACUUGUCAACAUAUGUGCAGUCUGGAAGAAAAAGGUUCAGUAUAUUCCUUGUGCAUGGCCAGUUGGUGAGAGCUGGGGACCCUCUGACGAAGCAUUGCUUCAGGCCGUUUGUGAUCAAGCACAGUCAUCCUUUCAUGAUGAGGAUGAUGCCAAGAGUGUGGAAGAGGAGGAAGGUGAUUAUGAGGGAGACCUGGAAUAUGGUGAGAUUGGAGAUGAGGAACUGAUGGAUGCUAUUGAAGACAUUGCACUAGCGGAUGAGUACAGGUAUGAUCACAGUAAUGAGUUAGUGGAUGACAUGGAUGACAUUGAUGAUCACUAUAUGCCUUCCUCCCCUAUUAAAUUGUCAGAUAAAUGUCGGUGCAUAUAG